CGCGCUCGUUCUCACUACGAUGGCCGACUACUCGCCGGUCGCAACGACCUUUGUCCUCCUCGGGGUCACGUGCUGCUGCCUCGGCUACCGCCUCGCCUACAUGAUUGCGCUCUUCCUCGGUCUCCUCGGCAGUCUCUUUACCUUCUACGUCUCGCCUCUCGCCGCGAUCGUACCUAUUGCGAUCGUCACCCUUGUCUUUUACGCGGGCCACCGCCACGGUGGCCUCGACGAGGCCAUGCGCUUGACCACGCUGACCUUGAUCGCGCUGGCCAUGGCAGCCGUCGGCGCCAUUAGCGCUUACGCGAUGCGUCCGGUGGUCGACGUCGCGUUUGGGAUCGUGGCGGGCGUCUGGGCGGCGUUCGUCGCACUGCUCUUUCUCCGAUGUACGGAACGCAACGCGCUCAUCGUGGCGACCUCGACGCUCGGCGCCGCCCUCGUCAUGCACGGCAGCACGUUUGCGGUGCAAAAUGGCUCGUUCGAUUUUCUCCACCUCAUUGGCAUGUGCACGAUCGAGUCGGUGGCUAUUCCAAUCCAGCUGCUCUGUGCGAUGGGGCAGCCGGCGUGGCGCCGCCCAAGCCUCGCAGCGACGGCAUUGGCAACGCCGACCCCCCGCGACGACGACGACGACGUGCUGGCUACACCACCGAGUGCCGACCACGUUUCAAUUGCUAUCAGCACUCCCUCCACUGCCAUCCACGAACAAGACAAGUGA